AUGUCUUCCACCAUUCCCUCCCUCCUCUCAAUAGGGGAGGAAGUCACCGACGUCGAAGAGGAAUCCUUCCUUCUCUUCGCCCAGGAUAUCCCCACUACCAAUUUGGGCUUCUUAGAUUCCCGCGCAGCCGCAGUUGAGGUGUCGAUCCGUGGCAACGAAUACACCAUCCACCAAUCUCCAACUUUACUCUCCUCGUCUCGCGCUGGGGGGACGACAGGCGCCGUAUUAUGGAAAAUCACACCUCUCUUCGCAGAAUGGAUCUCCUCCCCCGAUAACCCCCUCUGGACCUCUUCCUUCCUAACCCACGAAUCCAUCAUCACAGAGCUAGGAUGCGGUAUCUCGGCCCUAAUCCCACUUGCUCUCUCCCCAUCCAUUCAGCACUACAUUGCUACAGACCAGGAAUAUGUCCGUCGAUAUUUCCGGACAAAUAUUGACGAAAACAUAUCUGCAAAUAACACAGCCGCAGCUACGUCAAAGAAGAAAGUAAAGGGUGCUAGUAAAGCGAAGAAGGCGUCUAAAUCAUCUACAUCUGCAUCUGCACCUUCCUCCAAUGUUACGUUCACGACGUUAGACUGGGAAACAGAUCAACCGUCCUUUCUAAAGGGGUGUAUAGAAGGGGAUGAAGGGAUACAGCGUCAUGGAAUCGACGAAGAAGAUAAAGGCUUUGAUCUGAUUCUUUCCUGUGAUUGUAUCUAUAAUGAUGCGCUUGUAACGCCUUUCGUACGCACUUGUGCUGAGAUCUGUCGAUUGCGUCCAGCUUAUAAUCCUGAAUCUGAACCUGGUGAUCGGAAACCGACGGUUUGUUUGGUUGCGCAGCAGCAACGGGCACCGGAGGUGUUUGAUGCAUGGUUGAAGGAGACGCUGAGAGAGUUUCGGGUAUGGAGGGUGAGUGAUGAGAUCCUUGGGGAUGGGUUAAAGGUCGGUACGGGGUAUUUGGUGCACAUGAUUUUACUUCGAGAGUGA